AUGGUUCAAUUGACAAACCCCCUCCUUAUCAUGAGAAUCAUCCAAAGCUGUCUCGCUAUUCCCACCUCCAACAUUACUGGAUUUCCACACGCUCCCCAAUCUAUUUCCAACGACUCUUCAGUAUUUCUCACACAAGGCUGGACGGCAUCACCUUCGGGUCGAGGAUCCAUCGAUAUCCUCUGGAGCUGUCUAGUUACCAUAUCGCUCUGUUCCUGGUCCGUUCUCUGUCUCCAAGUCCCUGGACCCCAUGAUUCGCGCCUAACAAUACUCUGGCGACGACUCUGGCUCACAGCACUUUGUGGCGUGGGACCAGAGUUUACAUUCCAAAUUGCACUUGGCCAAAUGCUCUCGGCUCGAAGAUCUGUUCGAGAUUUUCGCAACGCUGAUUAUGCGGAUUGGACGAUGAGACAUGCUUUCUAUGCCGAUUCUGGCGGAUUUCUACUGCAGACUCCUGAUUUUAAAGUUAUCCCUAUCGAUGCCAAACAGCUUUUGUAUCUGAUCACGAAUCGCUAUGUCGAGUAUCCCCAGAUCCGAAUCCAGGAUAUUCGGGACAAGAAUAAAGUGGAUGAUUUCCUUCGUCUGAUUUCCGUUGGUCAAAUCAUAUGGUUCAGCGCUACAAUGAUUGCGCGCGCCGCACAAGGUCUCGAAAUAACGGGAAUGGAACUCACAACUGCGGCGUUCAUCGUCUGUAGUCUUGGAACAACAUUUUGUUGGUGGAAUAAAGGAGCAGAUGUUGCUGCACCCAUCACCCUCACUACCAAGACGACAAUGGUAGAUAUUUUGAAAAAUGCAAAAUAUGCAUUACCGGGUCCAUAUCAACAAACUCCUCUAGACUUCAUCAGUCGUCAUGAAUGGUAUUGGUCUCGAUAUUGGAAACAUUGGAUCAAUAUCCUUCGAAAUAUGCGCAUAGUGUUUGCACCGAAAACACUCCCGUUUGACAGACUCGAAAACACGGAUUGGAAAGAGUUGAAACGGGGAGGGCAGGCAGCUUUCUAUACUAUGAGUUUAGCUUACACUGCUAUUUUUCUUGCGGCGUGGAAUAAUCGUUUCCCUACGGACGCAGAGAAGAUUAUUUGGAGGAUUGCUAACAUUGCUCGCAGCCUUCCAUCCUCAGUCGGAUAG